GACCCUGGUCCAUCUGGGCAACACGGCAUGCACGGGACUCCAGGAAUCGCCGGAGAACGCGGGGAACCAGGAGUUCCUGGAGCAAAGGGCGAGCCAGGAGCACGGGGACCACCAGGAGUCAAAAGUAUGAGCGGUCUGAGGGGAAUGAAGGGUGACCGUGGCCCCCAAGGGAAACGUGGAGACCGAGGCCUACGGGGACUGAAGGGCUCAAUGGGUCAAAGUGGAUCGAGACUACGGUCUGCUUUCAGCGUCGGCCUAUAUCCAAGCAAGUCUUUUCCCCCAUCUGGAUUUCCAGUUCGCUUCGACAAGGUUUUCUACAAUGGAGAAAACCAUUAUGACGUAGUCACGAGCAAAUUCAACUGCACCUACUCAGGAGUUUAUGUGUUCUCCUACCAGAUCACGGUGAGAAACAAGCCCCUGCGUGCUUCUCUGGUGGUGAAUGGAGUGCGUAAGGUACGUUCGAGAGACACCCUACAGGGUCAAGAC